UCAAGCGUCUUUUCUCUCUCUUUCCGGUUGCCUACUUUGCGUUGAACGGUUGUUGUUUCGACGAUAAUUUAGCGAAUUUGUACCAGGUACAAAGCAAAAGUAAGGAAAUACAAUGGCCAAGUCGAAGAAUCACACCAAUCACAAUCAGAACCAGAAGGCGCACAAGAACGGCAUCAAGAAGCCGAAGCGUCAGCGAUAUGAAUCCACCCGUGGUAUGUGCCAGAAGUUCCUGCGCAACCAGCGUUUCUCGAAGAAGGGUAACGUUCCGCACGACGAGCAGCUGAAGCGUGCCGCUGAGCGCAAGGCCAAGAAUGCCGGCCAGCCCGCCCCGGUUAAGCUGUAAACAGUGGUCUGAUGGAUAGGCCACUUCGCGCUACCGUCGUGUACCGUGGCAUGAAUGAACAGGAAUAAAGCGGAACACACGGACAGGUGAUUGUGGUUUAACAAA